AUGACUGUUAAUUCCAUAUCAUCACAAUAUUUCCCAAAUGAACCAAAAGAACCUGUCAUAAAAUCAACUACUCAAUCAAAAUCCAAAUCAGAAAUUCAAGAAUUAGCAAAAUCUUUUGAUGCAAGAAGUGCAUAUUUUGUAGCUGAUUAUACUAAAUCAAUUGGUAAUUAUAUUGCAGAUGUUGAUGGUAAUUUAUUAUUAGAUGUUUAUGCUCAAAUUGCUUCAAUACCUUUAGGUUAUAAUAAUUCUGCAUUAAUUGAAACUGCAAAAUCAGAUAAAAUGAUUAGAGCUAUAGUUGAUAGACCAGCAUUAGGAAAUUAUCCAGGUAAUGAUUUAAAUGAAAUUUGUAAAGAAAUUUUAAAAGUUGCUCCAAAACAUCAAGAUAAAGUAUGGUCAGGAUUAUCAGGUGCAGAUGCUAAUGAAUUAGCUUUUAAAGCUACAUUUUUUUGGUAUCAAGCACAAAAGAGGGGUUAUAAAACACAAUUUACUCCAGAAGAAAUUGAAACAGUUAUGCAUAAUCAAGCUCCAGGUGCACCAGAAUUAGCUAUAUUAUCAUUUGAAAGAGCAUUUCAUGGUAGAUUAUUUGCUUCAGGUUCAACUACUUGUUCUAAACCAAUUCAUAAAUUAGAUUUACCAGCUUUUAAAUGGCCAAAAGCUGAAUUUCCAUCAUAUAAAUAUCCAUUAGAAGAUAAUGUUGAAAAUAAUAAAAAAGAAGAUGAAAGAUGUUUAAAAAUUGUUGAAGAUUUAUUUAAUACUUGGUCAGUUCCAAUUGCUGGUGUAUUAGUUGAACCAAUUCAAUCAGAAGGUGGUGAUAAUCAUGCUUCAGCUGAAUUUUUCCAAGGUUUAAGGAAUAUAACUUUAAAACAUGGUGCAUUAUUAAUUAUGGAUGAAGUUCAAACAGGUGUUGGAUCAACAGGUAUAAUGUGGGCUCAUGAAAGAUUUAAUUUACAACCACCACCAGAUUUAGUUACUUUUUCUAAAAAAUUCCAAUCAGCUGGUUAUUUCUUUCAUGAUCCUGAAAUUAUACCAAAUUUUGCUUAUAGACAAUUUAAUACUUGGUGUGGUGAUCCAGCAAGAAUGAUAUUAGCUGGUUCAAUUGGUCAUGAAAUAUUAAAACAUAAUUUAGUAGAACGAGCUAAUGAAGUUGGUAAUUAUUUAUAUGGAAAAUUAGAAGCAUUACAAAAGAAAUAUCCAUCAUAUUUACGUGAUUUAAGAGGUAAAGAUAGAGCAACUUUUAUUGCUUGGUCUUUAGAUAAUGCUGAAACAAGAAAUAAAUUUUUAAAUGAUAUGAAAACUAUUGGUGGAGUAAAUAUUGGUGGUUGUGCAGAAGAUUCAGUAAGAUUAAGACCAACUUUAGUAUUUGAAGAAAAACAUGCAGAUAUUUUAGUUGAUGCUAUUGAAAAAGUAUUAUCAAGUUACUAA